AUGCCUUCCCGUGCAGUUAUUCUAUCGGUUCUCAUAGUUAUGGUCGCAUUAUGUAUUGAUGUAUCGCAAUCAGCUAAGAUUGGCCUUUAUGCAGAUCCAAACCACACGGGACCUAUUCUCGCAUUUCACACCAUGCGUGAUCGUUCAUGUUACGACUUAGACAGCGCGGAAGACAAUCGAGCUUCUGCAGUAAACACGUUCGGAAACUGUUUUAUUUUAUUUGAGCAUCCAAAGUGCAAAGGACGUCAAAUGAAAGUUAAACCUGGUGAAGGGUGUCAUGCUAAUCUCAAACAGUGUAAUUUUGACGAUAUAACAUCAUCAUACCGGUCAUGUUAA